CGAGCACUGCACUCGCAGCAGGGACGCGGUUUGAAAUCCGAUCCUAGUUAAGUUUUUUCCCUCUCUCCAGAGCCCGGUGCUCAAACUGUUAGUGGGAGUCUGUGAGCCAAGCUUUCACACAGCACCAAACGCCCUGCACUUCACAACCGAUCCAGCGGCGCAGCGGAGCAGUUGUGCCCGGACAGCGCAGCGGAGUAGAGCGGACACUCAAAACUACCCGUGCGCUCCUUUACACGAAACAGUCGAGUGUGCUUUUGAUACACUUUUCAGCGGUUUAAGGACUGGACAGCUCAAGAGGCUGUGGUGAAUACGACUUCUGUCCCAAACACUCCACUGACUUCGCGUCUUUUCAGAUUUCCUUCUCGCCUGGAUUUGGAAACUUCAGUGGAUUUGGAUGAUUUGCCCCCUUGCAUGUGAUUCACGAAACAGCUGGAGGGACCAGUCUUUCUUAAAAAGCCAAUAAGCCUAUUUUGUUGUGAUCUUGGAAAGGAUUACUGUCACGAAAUAAUUUGGUGGGGGACAGGCAGACAGCAGUGUGUUUGUGUGAGUGUGUAGCAGCGCUCCAUUGACAGCAUGUGUGGAACGGUUGAGGAUGUCUGAGUCUGCUCUCCGUGGUGAGGACAGUCAGCCCCGUGUCGCUCCGACCGGGAUGGUCCCACUCUGUCUCCUCUUGUACCUCGCGGCCCUCGUCUUCCCGCCAGUGUACAGCGCACACCUGCUGUCCCCAGAGCCCACAGACUGGGUCUCGAGUGAGGUGGAGGUGUUUCUGGAGGACUAUGUGGCUGGAGUUGGGGAUACGGUGGUUCUGUCCUGCACACCGCAAGACUUCCUCCUUCCCAUCAUAUGGCAGAAAGAUGGAGACGCCGUUUCUUCAAGCAACCGUACGCGAGUGGGCCAGAAAGCGCUCCGCAUCAUCAACGUCUCCUAUGAAGACUCGGGCGUUUACUCCUGUAGACAUGCCCACAAGAGCAUGCUUCUGAGCAACUACACCGUCAAAGUCAUCGAUUCGCUGUCCUCUGGUGAUGAUGAGGACUAUGAUGAAGAUGAGGACGAUGCAGGUAAUGGAAAUGCAGAAGCUCCAUACUGGACCCGUUCGGACCGGAUGGAGAAGAAACUAUUGGCUGUCCCUGCUGCAAAUACAGUCAAGUUCCGUUGUCCUGCUGCUGGGAACCCAACACCCAGUAUCCAUUGGCUGAAAAAUGGCAAGGAAUUCAAGGGAGAGCAGAGAAUGGGCGGCAUUAAACUGAGGGAUCAGCAGUGGAGUUUGGUCAUGGAGAGUGCCGUUCCAUCCGACAGGGGAAACUACACAUGUGUGGUGCAGAACAAAUACGGGACAAUCAAGCACACUUAUCAACUUGAUGUGCUGGAGCGCUCUCCUCACCGGCCCAUCCUACAGGCGGGACUGCCAGCCAAUCAGACGGUAGUGGUGGGCAGUGAUGUGGAGUUCCACUGUAAGGUGUAUAGUGAUGCUCAGCCACACAUCCAGUGGCUCAAACACAUCGAAGUCAAUGGAAGCCAAUAUGGGCCCAAUGGCGCCCCCUAUGUCAAUGUUCUUAAGACUGCUGGGAUUAAUACUACGGAUAAAGAGCUGGAGAUUCUCUACCUGACCAAUGUGUCUUUUGAGGAUGCGGGGCAAUACACUUGUCUGGCAGGGAACUCGAUUGGCUAUAACCAUCACUCUGCUUGGCUUACAGUCUUACCAGCGGUGGAGAUGGAGAGAGAGGAUGAUUACGCAGACAUCCUCAUCUACGUGACGGGUUGCGUGCUCUUCAUCCUCAUCAUGGUCAUCAUUAUUCUCUGCCGUAUGCGGAUAAACACGCAGAAGACUCUGCCAGCGCCACCUGUUCAAAAACUGUCCAAAUUCCCCCUCAAGAGACAGGUAACAGUGUCCUUGGAAUCCAACUCUUCCAUGAAUUCAAACACCCCGCUGGUCCGGAUCGCCCGCCUGUCAUCCAGCGAUGGGCCGAUGCUGCCUAAUGUGUCUGAGCUUGAACUGCCCUCAGACCCCAAGUGGGAGUUUCCACGAACAAAGUUAACAUUGGGGAAACCAUUGGGAGAGGGCUGCUUUGGGCAGGUGGUGAUGGCUGAAGCUAUUGGGAUUGACAAAGAAAAACCCAACAAACCUCUAACUGUUGCUGUCAAGAUGCUCAAAGAUGACGGCACAGAUAAAGACCUGUCAGACCUUGUCUCUGAAAUGGAGAUGAUGAAGAUGAUUGGGAAACACAAGAACAUCAUUAACUUGCUGGGAGCAUGUACACAAGACGGUCCUCUGUACGUGCUGGUGGAAUACGCCUCUAAAGGAAAUCUUAGGGAAUAUUUACGGGCCAGAAGGCCUCCUGGGAUGGACUACUCAUUCGACACCUGCAAGAUCCCAAACGAAACGCUGACAUUUAAAGACCUGGUGUCCUGCGCCUAUCAGGUCGCCAGGGGUAUGGAGUACCUGGCCUCAAAGAAGUGUAUCCAUAGGGACCUCGCCGCCCGGAAUGUUCUGGUUACCGAGGACAACGUGAUGAAGAUUGCAGACUUCGGCCUGGCUAGAGAUGUGCACAACAUUGACUACUACAAGAAGACCACCAACGGUCGUCUGCCCGUCAAAUGGAUGGCACCAGAAGCACUGUUCGAUCGCGUCUACACGCACCAGAGCGAUGUGUGGUCUUAUGGUGUGUUGUUGUGGGAGAUUUUCACUCUUGGUGGAUCCCCGUAUCCAGGUAUCCCAGUGGAGGAGCUCUUUAAACUGCUGAAGGAAGGCCAUCGAAUGGACAAACCGGCCAACUGCACUCAUGAACUGUACAUGAUCAUGCGAGAAUGUUGGCAUGCUGUUCCUUCACAAAGACCGACGUUCAGACAGCUGGUGGAGGACCACGACAGGGUUCUUUCCAUGACCUCCACUGACGAGUACCUGGACCUCUCUGUACCGUUCGAGCAGUAUUCACCGACCUGUCCGGACUCCAACAGCACCUGUUCCUCCGGCGAUGACUCUGUGUUUGCCCACGACCCCUUACCUGAGGAGCCCUGCCUCCCUAAACACCACCACAGCAAUGGGGUCAUACGAACAUAAAGAAAACAAAAAAACAGGGAGCUUUAGGGUUUGGCUGCACUGGACCAGCAUGUGGCAGAGAAGCGCAGUGUGGAUCUCAUGAAAGCUUCCGACUUCCAGCUGUUCGCAGGUUUGAAGGACGGAUUACGCUCCUCUAAUUCAGCACCUGCUUUUCUUCCAAAUCAUUAUUCAGCUUUUUGUCUUUGAAAAGAGAAUUCCUAUUUUUGUAUUCGGCCAGUUUUGUUUUUCCACAGUAAGAAGGGUCAAACCAUUCCGUGCCUACCAAAAAAAAACAGAAAGAAACAGACAAAUCGCUGAACUAAAAGAAUGGAUCAACACUGUGUGACAACACAGUUCUGAUAAGAGUCGUCCUGUCGAACGUGGACAAGAAGUGAUUUUACAGCAAUAUCUGACUGGAGUGAGAAUCAAACCCAUGGCCAGUCUCUUUUCUCCACUCCUCACAAAGAUCCUCUUUUUAAGAAGGAAAGAGAGAAAGGUCUCCUAGAUGUGAGAUUUAAUUCGAAGAUAUAUAUAUAACUGUGUGCUUUGUAUGUAUCUUAAAGUUUUUAUUGUAAAUAUAUAGAUAUAAAUAUGUAUCAUAUUGCAGUCGGUAGCAGUGUACUAAAAAAAGAGAAGAAAGGCGACAUUUUUAAAGCAAGUGAUCAUACACUGUUGAGAUCAUGUAAACAUUUAAUCUUAAAAAAAGCAAAACAAAAGUUUUAUUUGAAUUAACAUGUAUAUUUGUAAAGCUAUUUAUAGACUUAAGGUUUUUAAGGGGGUCUAAAAUUAGAGGCGGGUUUUGGUACUGUAAACAAGGGUUGUUUUCUUUUCUUUCAAAUUUUUGUAAGUUAUUUACCACAGAAGUGCAAGAUCACAACCAGUGGGUUGUAUUUUAUUUUUGCUUUCUUUUCUUUCUUUUUUGUUCCAUUAGUUUACAGUGACAAGAAUGUAUGCGAAACUAAUUGGCGAUAGUAGCAGAGUUUAAUGAAAUUUUCUAAUCUGAAUGCAUGAAACAGGUACUAUUUGCUGUAUCUCAGUAUUGAAUCUAAUCAUAAAAGGACCACAAGUGCUUCUGCGCAAGGAGAAAACUGCAGACUCACAUUUAAAGCACUUUUGUAUAAUAAAAAUAGUCAUUUUCCAUAUUUGGGCUUCCAUGCAUGACAGUUCACCAUAGUAUUUCUUUAAAAAAACUGCUUGUUUUCUCCAAAGACGAGCGCUGUGGUCUUUUUAUUUAACAUUAUAUGAAGGAGUGCUAUGAGGGUGAAACCUAACAUAGCGUUUAUAGAUUAUAUGGUGAAACCAUAUUACAAAUUUGUCGCUCUUAUUUGCUCUUUUUGCUAAUGAAUAUGUAUAAUAACACUUUGAGGUAAUCCUCCGGGUCGGUAUGUUUGCAAAGUGCCAAAAUCUUUCUCUCUGCUCUGAGUUUUAUGUUAAUGAGUACAGAACCGUUAUUGCUAUUCAACUCUAGCAUGCAUGGUUGUCAGAUGAGUGUCUCUGGCCCUGCGAAUCGAAGUGAAGCAUCAUGGGAUAGCUUGGUCGUGUCUCAGGGUGUCCUCAGACAAUUGCAUUCAAGCGGAAAGCUGGCAAUAAUAUAUAAUAGGGGGGAAAAAAAGAGGAUGAUUCGCUUGCUGCUAAACUACGAAAACUGUAGAUUUGAUGGGAGGUGACUGUACAGGUGGCUCCCUCCUCCUGCAAACCAUUGAAUUUUUUUGUACUUGUUAAGUGCCUGGGAGGUAGUUGAGCGGCUUGCAACAUGUUUGAAUGUACAGCCACUUCAGUAAAGGUUUAAGCAGGGUUUUUCUUAAAAGCAAGAACGUAAAUAUUUGUAAGGCACUUUGAUUCAUUAAGAGCGGUAGCACACUGGAUGAGAGACACAUGGUCAUGGUCAGUCUAAAAUCAGUUCAUCCGAUGCUCAUAAUCCGAUUACUAAACAUAUUAAUUGAUUGAAAGUGGUUUUGAAGAGUUUGAAGUUUGGUGUUCGAAAAAACGUACAGCUUUGUUUGUAAAUGAUAUCAACCUAAUUAAAUCAGCAAAAAGAAAUCUGAAAUUGCAUACUAAUACAUAUAUAGUAGGUGAAAAACGUUACACAUGUAAACCCUCAUUCCCUGAAGGAAGAGAUGUUGUGUUGAUUAUAUCAUUUGGGGAUCCACUUAGAAGACUAAAUGAGAGCCAAGUGUGACAAAAGAGUGAUGUCUGAAUUCAAAAAGUAGGCAAACAUGGCUAAUGUAUUAUACUACACACAUUCAUAAUAUGUAGCAUAUACUUUUUAAGUACUUGUGUAGUAGUUAUUUAUUCAGAACAAGUACCUGCUCGAUUGAGUGUGCAAUUUCAGGAUGCUGCCCAGAUGUUGCGUGUGUCAUGAUUUUUUUUAACAGCCCAUCUGGAAACAAAAGCUGUGCCUGAGAGCUUUAAAUUAAAAUUGAAAUUGAAAUUCCAAGGCAGGAAGGCAUCAAAGCAUGUCUGAAUCUAAAUUGUGAUCGAAUUUUGAAGGCAGUAUAGAUGUGUCCUUCACUCCAUAUCCCACAUCUUCCACAUAUUCCAUAUCUUGAGCGUCCCAUUUCUGACAGUUGAGCUGAAAAAUAAACACGGUGUAUACAACAUGGCGUGGCCAUUUUUCACACUUGAAGGCAUUUCUAGCAAGAAGUUAACACUGUAGGAAGCAAAAAUUUCUCUGUUAUCACCAGCGUUCUCUUCAUCUUGUUGUACAUGAUUAAAUUGUUUUGCUGCCUCAGAAAUCUGUCUGAAAUCAGUUUUACAAUGUGCCUUCAUGCACAAAUGCUGACCCUAAUUUCACUGCCUAAUAGGGCAGCGAGGCAACAAGUCACUGUACUUUGGCCCUAUUGACUUCCAUUCAUAAAUGUGCAAAUGUGUGAGACUGAAAACGCAACGAGUUUUGCAUGUUGCUGCGGUUCAAAGUUCAAGUUCACUUGCGGACACAUGAGACCAAUAGAGACCCGGCAAGCAUUUUUUGUUUUUAAAAGAUAUCUAAUAGAUGUCUAAUAGACAUCUAAACAUAGUCGUCUUGGCUAAAACAAGGCUAAAUUUGAGCUGUCAGUGAAAAUCUAAUAAACUAGGCCAAAACUAGACUAGUCAUCAAAUAAACAGAAAUUAAUGACUACACAUAUAAAGUCUGUCCAGUCUGCCUAUUUGACGACUAGUCUAGUUUUGGGCUAUUCUUAAAUGUCUAUAAGAUAGUUAUGUUGUUUUAGCCAAGCUGUCUUGGUUUAAACACAAAAUUGUUAGCUGGUAUAUUAAACAUGAGCUGUUUGUAUGGAAAUGUUAAAUAUAGAGCAAUCAACCUUUUAAUCAAAGUCACAUCAAUGUGUUUUAUCCUGUCCCUUUUUGCAACACCUUUCAAUCAAAUUUUACAUUCUCAAACUCUAGUGAAAACACAGCUUAAGCUUUCAGACACAGCAAAACUUAAUUUGGAAAAACACAUCCAGUGGUUUACAACUGUGAAAUGUAGUUAUCAUGAUUAACUAAAUACAGGGUCUUUAAAAGUAUGUGUAGUUUGUGGCAUGGACUUUUCAAAGUUCCUCAAAUUGUUUUACAGGCUGGUUUAGCAUGUAUCGACAUCAAUGUACAUUUGUAAACUCAGUGUACUAAAUAAUGUACUUAAAUAAACAAACUGUGACUGGAAGCUUUACAUAUCAGUCAAUCAACCUCAAUCAACUCGGUUGUUUUUUUUCCAACAAAAGUAUGAAGGAGUCCAGACCUUCUGCUGUCAGAUUGGCUAAUAUUGUUAAAAAUCUAUUCUUAUUGUUCCUGCUGUACUGUUUGUAAAAUAUCACGAAGUUGGACCUGCUGUACUGCUUUUAUUGCAGCAUACUGUAGCAGUGAAAUGUUUGAAUUUGGACACAGCUCAACUGUACGAAAUUUAAAGACAUUGUGCUGUUCUUUUCAUCCAGUGUGCAACCACCUGAAAGGGAUAGUUUACCCAAAAAAUACCACCAUUUACUCACCCUCCGCUUGUUUCCUUCCUCUUUUGAACACAGUGGAUGAAAUUCUGAAUUCUCAAUGUUUAAAAACAGGUAGUCAUUGACUUCCCUUAGUUAAUUUGUUAGUUUUUUCCUACAGUCAGUAGUCACCAGUUUUUAAAAUUCGUUUGGAAAAGAACUUAAGGAAUUGAGUAAAUACAUUUUUUUGUCGAACUAUUCCUUUCAUUUUCAGAUUGGGUACUUCAGAUUUGAAUGACAUUGUUCUGUAUUUUCUUCUUCCAGCUGAGGGACAUCAUGUUUAUCGAGUGUUUGUCCAUUAUGAGUUAUUGAUUUACUGUUUGGUGUGAGAUGGCAGGGCAGGGCAAGCGAUCGCUCUCAGCUUCCUCUUUUACUUUUUUCUUUUUAAUUGUUUGUACAACCUGUAACCUCUGGCUCGCCUCCUCAUCCUCCGCUCUACUACUGACAGCCACCUUGCAUUGUUUUAGACAUAUCAAACAAUGUUGCUGGUCCUUUCCCCCCUCAUCACUAACCUACAUUAUUUAUUCCCUAUAGUAUUUAUGUUUGAUUUUUUUUUUUUGUUGUUGUUGUUGUUCAUCCUUUUACUUUCAUGCCCUCGUCUUAUUCAAAAGGACAGCAUUCCCUUCACUUUUUUGUUGCUGUUCAUGAUGGAGGUAGAGCCGGGAUGCGUUUUUCGGGGUUGAAGAAAGUUUUCUUUAAUGUUUACAAUGAACAUUCAGACAGUUUUCUAAAGGAUGGUGUGUUUUCCCAGCACUUUUAAAGCAGCUGGAUGAUGAUGAGCAAUACUGGUCUGAUGUCAACUCUCUUUGAUUUGUUCUUUUCUUCAAUGUGAUACAGUAGCUCUAUGUGAUAGUGCCAUUCAGCUCUUAUUAGAAUUAAGCUAUUAAAUUAAGUUAUAGAUUUAAAUUUGCAAAUGAUUGUUAUAUGUCUAGUAGAUUUUAUAGUUCUUUUUUUUUUUUUUUGUUCAUAGGGAUGAAAUAUUCUUUACGGUAAUAUUUCUUACAUUGCAUUCCAGGUAGAUUUGGGGUUUUUUACGCGAUGAGGUAACAUCAGCAUCUGCAUCGCUUUUCAUUUAACAAAAGAGUGGAAUAGUGGACUAACAGUGUUUUAUGUUUUAUUUUCCCAUGUCUCUGUGUCUGUGGAACAUUCCGUUCUGUUUCAGUUGUGCCCCUUACGAGCUGUUAAACCUCUUUACACUCUAUCAGUCUGUGCCUGACAGAAUUAUGCUGUCAAUCAAAACCUUUUCAAUAAACACAACAAAAUGA